ACCCACCGAGCCCACCACAAACGCGGGCGCUCCUCUCUCUCACCUCACCCGACCCCCACCACAAAUGCCACCAGUCCACCACUCGCCCCUCUUCCUCCUGGACAACAGCAAGGCGGCCUGCCCCGGCGAACAAGCGAGCUGCCCCAGGUCCCUGCAACCGCUCUGGCCGGACCAUGGCACUGCUGUGGCGCCGCGUGGUGGAUCCCCUGGAUUUCCCCAUGACGCCACCAUCUCUAUCAACUACUUCCAUCUCUCCCAAUCCUUAAUUGUUAUUUUUUCUAGAUCUUGUACUGUCCGUGGUGUGAAUCCACAUGUGAAAGAUAUUUAUGAUCUUUGGAUGGUAAUGGGAUUUUCAGGAUGUACUUGAUGUUCAAGAUUCAUGCUCCCCUCCGUAUCAUGUUUCUUCUCAUCCUCUCUUCUUUUCUGAUUUUUUUACUGCACGGAUGUUCUUGAGCAGAGAAAUUACUUCUAAAAUUUCGGACGAGUUGUCUGCCUAUCUCCAUCGAUGCCAUUCAGUUCCCUGCCAGUAAUCUUCCCCGGCGAGCCGCCCUGCUCCUCCCCUGGCAUGCUGCCGGUAUUGCUCGAUUCGCUGCUCGUUUUGCUGCUCGGUUCGCUGCUCGAUUUUCUACCGAUGAAAAAUAUCAUCUCUGCCUCCGGCUUCAACUAUCUCGUGUCGGCAGUGUUGAUGUCAACCUUGCACGCCUAUGGGUUGACGCACCACUCCUCCGAGUCGGCCAGGGUGACAGUGCCGCCAGCGCAGUCGAGCUCGCACAAUGUUAUUGUUGCUGGACAGGAACAGAACGCGUAGCAGUAUCAGAUUGAACCAUGGGUUUCUAUUGAUGUUCUUCCAGGUCCUCAUCCUAAAGAAAACCUGACAAGAAAACCUUGUAAAACCCCCAUCCCCCCUUCGUGUAAAACACUAGGGAAAAUCAAUGUAAAUUCCGUUUCUGCUCA